UGAUGUCCAGUGUGAAUCCGACGAAGGCCUUGAAAACACGUCUAGUUGUUUUAAUAAAAAAGCUUAAAAUGAUACGCAUUUUAUAAACUUAAGACAAUAAAGAUGACGCGUUUGUGGUUUAGUGUAUUUUUCACAGUGCUCUUGGAAUAUUUUACGGUUUGUGGCCAAUAUGUUCAGUCCCCGUGCCCUGAAAUAUUUGAUUACAAGUCGGAUCAUACAGGGAUCUAUGGAAUAAUCCAUUUGCAGCCUUUUGGAUAUGUGACUUCUAUUAUAUUAAGGGCAAAUUUCACCGUAGCUACAAGACUGCCCACUAGUUACGUUGGCAGCAUACAGCUGCUGUACCCAGAGCGUAAUGUGCUACAAGAUUUCAACCGCGGGGCACCUAUAGAUUACCGCGUAAAUUUUCCCGUUAGCUCGCCUGUGCCCCGUCUGACAGGACUCUCAGCGAACGAUAACCUGAUCUGCUAUGGGAUUGGUGAUAGCCCUGGUCAUGGGCGGUAUGUGACUAUGAUAAGCCUGCAACACGCAUUGUACCUUCGCAACGAUUUCAAUGGCGUUUAUGACCCCCAAAUUCCAGGUAGCCAAUUCCACAUUGAAAAAAUCAAUCAACUGAAUCCGAAUUCGGAAUUCGAGAUAUACAAAAUUUCACAACAGACACCCGUAUAUAAGCCACAGCCUCCUCCACCACGGCGUCCAGAAAUAAUAAUCGCAGAAGUGAUUACGAAGAGACCUCAAAUUCCGCCACCGCCUCCACCGAACAGAGGCCCAGAAUAUGAAAUUUAUGAAGUACCUCCCUUUACAAAUGAGCAACAAUUCGAUAGACCUAUAGUGAUACCGCCAAAACGUACGGACCGCCCGGAAGUUAAACCAACUACCACUACUACCACUACGGAAGCGCCCAGGACACCUCCAAGUCCAGAACCUUUAAACAUCGAAACAUCGUCACAUUAUGAUAAAUGUGGAGUGACGUCAGAAAACGUAACUCCCUUGAUAUUCCAGGGCAAUACCUACGAGAGAGGUGACUGGCCGUGGUUGGUUGCCAUCUACAGGAAAAGGACAAGCAGUUUGAGUUACAUCUGCUCUGGAACUUUAAUUUCGGAUCAACAUAUUGUUACAGCGGCGCAUUGCAUGCAGGGGAAGAACUCAAUCACAUCCAUAAAGGACAUAGUUGUGAAGGUCGGCGUGUACAAUCUAGAAGACUGGGGUGAUGACAUCACCGUAACAGUGAAGUUGAGCAGUGCUGCCAUACACGAAUCUUAUAAUGCCACUAAUUUAGCAAAUGACAUCCUCGUGAUGACUUUAGAAAGGCCAGUGAAUUUUAACUCUAAUAUUAUUCCGGCGUGCCUCUGGACCGGCAACGCGGACUUGAAUCGGAUCGUGGGCACUACUGGCGUGGUAACAGGUUGGGGAACAUCAGAACUGGGUUCAGGCGGUUCCGGGGAACCCCGUAUGGUACGAAUGCCGGUUGUUAGCACCAAAGAGUGUAGAGCUAGCAAGCCCGAAUUCCAUAGACUAACGUCGCAUAAAACAUUAUGUGCAGGUGAUAGAAAAGGAGCUGGCCCAUGCUUAGGAGAUUCAGGAGGCGGACUUUACAUACUCGACAACGGCCGAUGGAGAUUACGAGGUGUGGUCUCAUUAUCCCUUGUAUCUCAGAACGGGGACCACACUUGUAAUCUAAACGAAUACGUUGUAUUUACUGACGCUGCUCAAUAUAUACCGUGGAUUAAGGAGAAGAUGAGGGAGAAUUCAUAGUUAGGGAAUACCUAUUGUAUAAGCUAAUAUUACAUUUUUGUACAUGACAAAUAAAAUUUAAUUUAUAUGAACUUUUUUA